CAGACACCCACAACCUUUACUUGUAUUGCUCUUAAUUAAUAAAACCAUGAAACCCUUCGAAAUCCCAUUUACCUUUCGCCCGCGGCUACCUUCUCCUUCAGAUCAUACUCAGCCCCUCAAUCUUUUUCCAACCAUGGCCCAGAAUUCCAAUCUUCAUCAUUCUCUACCUUUCUCUACAGCAGACGAAAACCCUAAAGAGGAUAUCACCGUGGCCUUAAACAUUGGCCUUCCUAAUUAUAAUUCCACCCCCUCAAUUGAUCCAGACCAAACGGGAAAUGCAACUAUUGUAGCAGCUAAUAAUUAUUGGAUACCUACUACUGAAGAAAUCGAAAUUGGGUUCACUCAUUUUUCUUGCCAUCUCUGCUUCAAAACCUUCAACCGCUACAACAAUCUUCAGAUGCACAUGUGGGGGCAUGGAUCGGAGUAUCGGAGGGGGCCGGAGUCGCUGAAGGGAGGAAGGCGGAAGGGGGGGCCAAUGUUGGGGAAUAUUCCAUGUUAUUGUUGCGCAGAAGGGUGCAAGAACAACAUAAGCCACCCGAGAGCGAAGCCUCUGAAAGAUUUCCGAACGUUGCAAAACCAUUACAAGAGGAAGCACGGGAUGAAGCCCUUCUCGUGUCGCAAGUGCGGGAAGCUCUUGGCGGUGAAAGGUGACUGGCGAACCCACGAGAAGAAUUGUGGCAAGCGCUGGCUGUGCACGUGUGGCUCUGACUUCAAGCACAAGAGAUCGCUCAAAGACCACAUUAAAUCGUUUGGUUCUGCUCACACUCCAUUUCCUCCUUUUUUCCAGGGUCUUGAGGUACUCAAAACACACCCACCGGAAUCCUUGUUUAUUUUAAAUUAAUUAGCCU